GGGCCACGAAAACCGAGGCGCGCCGACUGCCUCAUUGUUCCCGGAAAGGCCGCAGCCAAGUCACAGAGAAGUGUACGUGUUCAAGCUACACACCAUGGCCGAACCGAGCGACACGACUUUAACUUUCUUCACCAAGGCGACGCCGAGUCAAUGGAGUUAUGUCCUGUCCCUGUACAAAGAAGUCCUCAAGCAGAAGGCCGCGCUGCGCACCAAGAAGGGAGGCCCCGAGGAACUCAUCAAGCUCGACGCCUGGUACCAGGAGCAGCUUCCUAAAACCAUACAGGCACGCAAAGACAAGCAUCUCGUUCACGAAGAGCUUGUUAAAAUAAUGAAAUGGAAACUAAUGCGGGGCAAGUACCGGCCACAACUGCUGGACCUGGUGCGCAUCAACACAGAGCUGGCAGUGAAGUCUACGAGCAAGAAAGCAUUCCGCAAGUUGCCCAACCUGUCGGGCGCCAUCACAGCACUGACCAACCUGAAGGGCAUCGGGCCAGCCACGGCAUCGGCCAUCCUCGCUGCAGCCUUCCCUGAGCAGGCGCCCUACAUGGCUGACGAGAGCAUGCUGAGCACACCAGGUGUCGAGGCCACUGACUACACCCUGGCUGAGUACCUCAACUAUGCCGAGCGCAUCAAGACCUGCACCGAGCAGCUAGCAGAGAAAGAUCCUAACAGCACGUGGACACCGCACAAGGUAGAGCUGGUUCUCUGGGCACACUAUGUGGCACGGGAGCUGAAGCCAUCACUUCUAGAUGACCUUUCCAAGUACAAAGAGCCCCUGCCAUCCGCCAACGGCAAUGGACCCUCGGCCACCACCACCUCGAGCGACGCAGCAGAUGACCACCACAACGUUGCCUCCAAUGGCGCAGCUGAGGACGCGCCCUUGUCAUCGCCGUCAGAUUCGCGGUCCAGCGCAGACCUGGGUCAGGUCACGAAUGAUGAAAGCUGUAGCCAGGACGGGCCAGCGGAGAACAACGGGACGGUGACAACGGAGCGAGCUGGCGAAUCGGCAGAAGAUGACAGUUCCUCAUCGGCCAUCAUCGCCACAGAUGACGCAGUCGUGCCAGAUGUGACAGGGAAAGGCGCUAAGCGGGACCUUGAAGAAGAGGAGGAGGAGUCUGCUGAGAGCGACAAGAAAAAGGCGCGAGCGUGAGACUUCGCCAUCGUGCCCCGUCCCACCCACCUCCUCGCCGACACCAUCUUUCGAUGAAGAGAGAAAGAGGACUUGUUUAUUUCUCACCUCCCACACUUCCCUUUCCCCAUGUCACUCCUUAUGUGCUUUCUUUUUCUUCAUUUUGUUUUCUAACUCUUCUGACUUCUUCACCGUUUUCCUUUUCGUUUUGUUAAACUUAUGUGUAAUUGUGAUUAGGUGUCUUCUACCGACUCUGUAUUUACCGUCUAGUUACCUCAUUACUUCAGUCUUCUUUCCCUCAUUCUGGCAAGAAGCUCACUUUCAUUUAUUCUUUCCUUCGCCCUUCAUUCACCUUUGCCCCCUCCUCCCCUUUUUUUUUUCUUUCCAUCACCGCUUUUAGAACUUGUCCUGACCUCGCCGUGUGAAACGUUUGCCACAGGCAUCGGGAUGCCCCACACAGCUGCGCCGCGUCUGUUUUAUCGCCGGGAUGUCAACCCUAGGGACCUUAGUCCUCCGCCCAGGCUCUUCCUUGUUCAGAACUGUCGAGCACUGUGCAGAUGGCUUUUUUCCUUGUUGUAUGUCACUACCAUCUCGAAGAGUUGGUCAAUAUAAAAAAAUGAAAUUGGGAAACCAGCAAUGCUCUUGGCUCGUUACUGCCUCUGGUGCAUAGUCUGCAGACUUUCGGGACGUGUAGUUUCUUACUGUGCCUCCUAGAGGGAAAUGUUAUGCUGCUGCCAGAGAGCUUUAUUUAAAGGGCACCAUUGCAGUACGAGAAUGCUGCGAUAUGGAAGGUUCAACUAUAUCUUGGAAUGUCACUUGGCUUGAAAUGCGGUAACGCCUGCAAAAAAAUGCUUUCUCGGAAUGAAGUCUUCGUAACAAGUCGUAGUUCUAUUUACUGCAUGUAUGCCUGCUGACUUCCAAUAUAAGUAAAGGAAGAAAAUGAAAACAGUUUAUAUCACCAUACAAUGAUCACAAACCUCAUCCUUGGUUCUGCUGACAUUUUAUAUAAACAAAUUCUUUACAAACGAGUACAAGUGGUCACGGGAAGAUGGAUCAAGAUUUGAAUUAACUGAUCAACACUUGUGGAAGAUAAAAGCCGUUUCGACAAGGACACUUGUAUGACCUGACAAAAGACAAGUCCCCUUUUUGAAACGGUUGGCUCUGACUUGAGACUUUCUUUCUUCAAUUGUUGUUGGUGAGUUCUUGUGUAGUCCAUCAUGGCCACAAGAUGUAUAUACAAUGUGUGUUGGCUGUCUUGGAAAGACGUCUUUCCAAACCCUGCACACACCAGCAUUCACUUUCAUGCAAUGGGUUGCCACUUUGUGUAAUUAUAAGUAGCUCUUGGGGAAGAAACCCUUCCCACAGACUUGUUCGGGCAGUCUUUUUUUCGCAGUGGUGCAACGAGUGCUGCAUCCCAUUGAAAAAAUGGGUAAUUGAAGGUGGGUUGCAGUGCCUUAACCUAGCUUGUGAAUUAAGCGAUGUUCCCUAAAGCUUGUGGCAUUCCGCAGUUUUGCCUAAGUGGGAAAGCUGGUAUCUGCAGCCACUUAUGUUGCUACGCACAAGACUGAUGUGACCAAACUGUUAAAAACCUAGUCGCGUGUGUGAUGGUAGCAUGAAUAAUGUCAAUAUCGUGAAACUGCUUCUAGGCUCUGUUUGAUUCAAGAAAAUUGCCCUUUUGUGUUUCCCUGUUGUAUUUUCCCAUUGUAACUUGAGAAAGUGGCACAUAGGAGGUCUGCAUUUGUUGCUUGGCAAACUGGCAGCACGUCGGAUUUGGUAGUGUUGAUGUUGCGCUUCCUCAUAGGGCUUUUUCCGAGCACUCUUUUGACAGUAGGUGCUGUAAAGUUAUUUCCAUUUUGACCCUGCGACAAAAUUGGCCAGAUUUAUGUACAUGGUCCAGAGGCUAUUAAGGCUAUUUUGGCACUGUUUACUCAGCUAGGCUUCUUCCUGCUUUCUUCAAGGUAGCUGGAAGGGCUCACCACCUGAGAAGUGCACAGUACUUUCUUACUUAACGCUUUGGCUUACUAUAGAAAAGCAUGGGCCAUGCGUCAACUCGGGUCCCUAGGCUGCUGACGUCUGCGGCUGCGGCUCUCCUAGAGCAGCAGUGAGGCACUGAAGCCUGGUCACAUGACGUAAACGUCUUUGUCUUUCUCUUGUAAUCCCGACUGCCACGUCCCUUGCGUCAGCACGGGCAGCUUGUUCGGGCGCAACAGUUUCCUGUUACUCCGGGAUAACCCACACACCAGUUCCCGAUAUUUCCCUAUUGCUGUAAAAUUGUGGGAGCGUGAUCUUGCCUUAGGGCCUUAGUGUUGUUGAAAAGGACUUUUUUUGCAAGCUGGCAGGGAAUGAAUUGUCCACUUGAUUUCUUUCCCUCCCCAGGACUGUAUUCUCUAGCACACAUUUUUACACACUUCCAACUGUUCUUUUGAAACUCCCUCCCCUCCCAAUUUACAAGUGUAUUGAUAAUUACAUUCAGGUUGGAGUGAUUACUUUUUUUUUGCUCACUUUUUACAAUAAAUGAAAAGCAGGCAGGAAGUGUGCAUUCUGCAUCUUCA